UCGCAACCACAUCGAGGCUACAUUUUCCUCUGGCUCCCUAACAUGACCGCCUCGGUGCCGUACAGUCACCAGGGGGCAUGCACAUAGUAAUAAUAAUAAUAAUGCAUUUGAGGAAAGCCUGCUACGCCGAGCCUCCGCCGUUCGCAGCACACGGCCGCGGUGCGAUGGAGAUGUGCGCUUAGGUUCAUGUGUCCGGCGGGUCUGCCCCUGGCUUUUUUUCUGGGGAAGAUCAUAUUGGAUCAUAUUGUUUGCAGGACGUUGUUCCUCCUGCAGCCCCCCCAGUCUAUCCCGACGUAGUUGUGAAUUGAACAUGGCGACUGUACCAGUAUAUUGCAUCUGCAGAUUACCUUACGACGUGACCCAGUUUAUGAUCGAGUGCGAUGCUUGCAAGGACUGGUUCCACGGCAGCUGUGUUGGGGUGGAUGAAGAUGACGCUCCAGAUAUUGACAUAUAUCAUUGUCCAAACUGCGAGAAGACCCACGGCAAAUCCACAUUGAAAAAGAAAAAGAACUGGAGCAAACAUGACACGGGGCAAAGCACAGACAUCAAAGCUGUUCAGAACGGAAGUCAGGUUUUCAUAAAGGAGCUUCGCAGCAGGACGUUUCCAAGUGCUGACGAUGUGGUGGUGAAGCUCAGCGGCAGUCAGCUGACCAUGGAUUACCUGGAGGAGAACGGCUUCAACGAGCCAAUCCUGGCUCAGAAGAAAGACGGCCUAGGCCUGUCCAUGCCGGCCCCCACCUUCUACAUCAGUGAUGUGGAGAACUACGUCGGUCCCGACGUCGGCGUGGACGUCGUCGACGUCACCAAACAGACCGACAGCAAGAUGAAGCUCAAAGAGUUUGUCGAUUAUUACUACAGCACAAACAGGAAGAAAGUGUUAAACGUCAUCAACCUGGAGUUCUCUGACACAAGGAUGAACAGUAUAGUGGAGAGUCCACAGAUUGUGCGGCGGUUGUCUUGGGUAGAGAACUACUGGCCUGAUGACGCGCUGCUUGGGAAGCCAAAAGUCACCAAAUACUGUCUCAUCUGUGUCAAAGACAGCUACACAGACUUCCACAUUGAGUGCGGUGGCGCCUCCGUCUGGUACCACGUCUUAAAGGGAGAAAAGAUCUUCUUCCUCAUCAAGCCCACCUCUGCAAACCUGUCUCUGUACGAGCGCUGGAGAUCAUCGUCCAACCACAGCGAAAUGUUCUUUGCCGACCAGGUGGACAAGUGUUACAAAUGUACUCUGAAGCAAGGGCAGACUCUGUUCAUCCCAUCAGGUUGGAUCAAUGCAAUACUGACUCCGGUCGACUGCCUGGCGUUCUCUGGACACUUUGUCCACAACCUGAGCGUGGAGAUGCAGAUGAGAGCGUAUGAAAUCGAGAAGCGGCUAAAGGUCAAAACUCUCACCCCCUUCCCCAACUUUGAGACGGCGUGCUGGUAUGUGGGACGACAUCUUCUCGAGCGAUUCAAAGGUUUACAUAAAGCAAAUAAGCAACCAGCCCCAUACCUGAUACAUGGUGCCAAAAUCAUCAAUGGAGCCUUCAGAGCUUGGACUAAAAAGCAGGCCCUCUUGGAACAUGAAGAUGAGCUUCCUGAGAACAUGAAACCAUCUCAGCUCAUUAAGGAUCUUGCCAAAGAGAUCAGACUGUCAGAGAAUGCAACAAAAGCCAUUAAGAGUGAGCCCAGCAUUAAGGUACCUGUGGAGGAACCACCAUCCACCCACUCUGAGCCUGAAGAGCCCGUUUCCCCGGCCCACGUCCCCUCGCCCAGCAGAGAGAAGGCCAGAAAGAAGGCUUCCAAACCCCCCAAACCUCCCAAGCCUCCCAAACCCCCAAAGAUGCCCAAGGCCCCCAAGCCUCCGAAGGUGCCGAAGGUCAAGGAAGGAGGAAAGAAGAAAGCGAAGAAGGUGAAAGAGUCGUCGCCACCUCCUAAACCCUCCAGUUUCGCAGCUCUUGAGUCCCAUGCAAAAGACAUCUUGAGUAAAAUGGAUCAGCCAAAAAAGACGAAGGCUGUUAAGAAUGUCCUGAGUAUGUCAGAGAAGGAAAUAUCAAAGCAGAACAACUUGGAGAAGUUUGAAAUCAGAGAGCAGAAUAAAAACAAGACUGAAGCAAAAUGGAAGUAUAAGAACAGUAAACCAGAUUCCCUGCUGAAAAUGGAGGAAGAGUGCAAAUUUGACAGAACACUGCUGUCAGGCAAUAAAGACAAAUUCAGCUUUACUAUGUCUCACAAGAAGAUGCUUGGCUCCAAGACGCUGAAACCUCAGACCAACUCAAGUGUUUUUGGAUCAUUACAAAACCUAAAAGAGGACAAAACCAAGCCAGUGAGAGACGAGUAUGAGUACGUCUCAGAUGAGGGCGAGCUGAAGAUUGACGAAUUCCCCAUCAGGCGGAAAAAGAACACCGUCAAGAGAGAUCAGUCCUUUUUGUCAGAUAUCAGAGAACCCAUUCAGCCAGCCAAGAAACCAAAGUUCCAACCCUUGGUGACCAAGAAUGUCGACUCCUCAGACGAAGAGACUCUACACAUAGACACAGAGGCCAAGCCUGAGGUCAAAAGUCGCAACUCUAAGGUCAAGAAGAAGGGCGGCAGCGCUGCAGGGAUUCUUGACUUGCUGCAGGCGAGCAAGCAAGUGGGUGGGAUUGACUACAGCACCAACAGUCAGCCACCUGCAUCUCCCAGCACACAGGAGGCCAUUCAGGGCAUGCUGUCCAUGGCCAACCUGUCGUCUUCAGACAGCUUGCAGCAGCCGUGGAGCAACAGCCAGUCCAAAAACAAUAGCCAGUCGAAGAGCAACUCGCACGGCGCGCAGGGCGGCAAGAAGGGCAGCGGUGGAGGCGGCAACAACAGCAAGCGGCCCACCAAACGGCUCCCGAAGAAACCCAGGAAAAGCAGCAGUAUUGAGAGCCUGGACUACGAUGACGACCAGGAUCACAUGGACGCAUGUUUCAAGGACUCGGACUACGUGUACCCCUCGCUGGAGUCCGAAGAGGAUAAUCCUGUUUUCAAAUCCAGAUCGAAAAAACGGAAAAGCAGUGAUGACACUCCAUACAGCCCGACAGCUCGCGUAGGACCCUCAGUUCCUCGACAGGAGCGGCCGGCGAGAGAUGGAGCCCGGGUGGCCUCCAUAGAAACGGGACUGGCCGCCGCUGCAGCAAAGCUUUCUCAUCAGGAGGAGCAGCAGAAAACCAAGAAGAAGAAAAAGAGCACCAAAAAGAAGGCAAUAGUAAUUGAGGAGCCCCCGAAAAUCUCUCAGGACAGUAGCUCGCCAGAGCACAAUCUGGACUCGCAAGACGGCAGCCUGACAGACCACGAGUUCAACACUGGGACAGUGAAGUCUCCGGGAGGUCCACAGCCCAUGGCGCCAGGGGUUUUCCUCAGCCAGAGGCGACCGUCCAUGUCCUCUCCCAACAACAGCACCAACUCCACUAGCACCAACAGCAGCAGCAUGGCAAAGGGGGACCGCGUGGGGUCAGCAGACGCCAAAGCUAAGCGGCUAAAGAAAGGCAUGGCAACAGCCAAACAGAGACUUGGAAAGAUUUUAAAGAUCCAUCGAAAUGGAAAGCUCCUCCUGUAGCAUGCAGCAGACUGCUGUCGGACUGGGAAUUCAUGAGCUGGGUUCCAUCCCAACCUCACCCCCUGUUCACUGAUUAAAGCCAACAAUGGGAAAAAAAGAAGAUCAUGCAUUUUUCAAUUUCUAAGAAGAACAUCACUCAAAUAGGUUUUUGCCUCUACUUAUACUUUAUAACUUUCAGAUAUUAAAGUGUACAGAACCUACUAUAAAUAUUUUUUAAGAGAACAUGUCUCAUUUUACUACAGCUGUCAGUUUAUCAGGGGUUGCUAAGACAUGAAGUAGAAGUACAUUGCAGUCAUUCCAAGAUUUUUGAAAGUAUCCCUUGCAUGUAUUCAGUUGCAUGUGCGCUUGGGUCAGGGUUUGGGGAUUUUACACGUUAAUUCCUACUAUAUGGAUGCAGCUUAUCAUUGCCACUGAUGAUCGACGGGCAGAAAUGGAAAAAGAAAAAAAAUCACCUCCUUUCUUCCUCCCUGGCCGGGAUUCUCCGCGUUAUGGAGAAGCUCACGGUUUCGAUUAAAGUCAACUCGAGCAUUUAUCUCUUGAUGUUAACACUUAACGUUUGCAGAGCACUAUCAGCAGUGGUAUUUAUUUAUUCGUGUCGAGUCGUAGAUAGGAAGUGGGACUUCGUGGAACAACCGUAAAGCACAAAGUGUAUCGAACAGCAGCAGUGUAAGGAUGUUUCAGUUAAAACGCAGGCCAUCAUAGGACUAAAUGGGAACGGAGGCCUGCUGAACAGGAUUUGGUGUGUUUGGACAUAGGAUUUCUGACACUACGUUGGACCUAAUGAUAAGCCUCAUCCAUGUCAGGUCUGCAGUUACAUGGGGAUACUUUCUCUCUUCUUUUGCUUUCUCAGGCAGCACCGACAACCUAGACUCAUCUCUGCAUUUUUACGGCUUCACACAGUAUAUAGAAUGUAGCUUGUACAUAGCCUUUUAAAUUACUACUUUUUGUAUCCUUUCCCCUUAAGGCUUAAUUCUACAUUUUUACCGGUUUUGCUAAUUAUGAAUAAAGGAAUAAAAAUAUAUAUAUGGGAUAUACAGUAUAGUCCUAAUUUUUGAACUUUUGUUGUUUUGGUUUUUUUUAACAGCAGAGAUUCAUUUUUAACUUUUUUUUGUGUUAGAUUCAAAGGUGUUGCCUGGAAAACAACUGAAGAAAUAAUACAUUUUAUUGUCAUAUGGCCUUACAUACACAAAGCUAAUUGUAUUGUGAUUCUGUUUGAACAAGAGACGAAGCUUUGAGGAAAAAUUAUAUAAAAGGUAAAAAAAAAAAAAAACACUUAAAGUUUCUAUGACCAGCCUCUUGUUCGAGUUCUAGUAUCCUGAAGGGUUUCGGAAUUAUUUUACUAGCACCUUGUGAAGUGUUUAUGUGUCAGUGAUGUAAUUUAUUAAUGUUUGUAGCUUUUUUAUACUUGUACAAUUCUUAAGAGUUUUUUGUUUUGUUUUUGAAUAUCUCAUCAACUUGUGAAAUUACCCUUAGCAGACAAUUUUUAUUUUUCUUUUUUUUUUUUUCAGAUGUGUGUGUGUGUGCGCGUGCGUGUGUGUGUGUGUGUUUGGGGGGCAUCACGGACAUUUUACACACUAGAAUCUACGUUAGCAAACUUUUGUUUAAUCUCCAUCCUGUCCUCACUCAGUGUCGACAUUAUCAUGAUAUCAACAUUUCCAAUGUGACAUUAUUAUUAUUGUUAAUAUUAAAAUUAUAAGCAACUGCGUCCACGCCUCCAUCACACCGUUUUAUUUUGGUCCGGACAUUUUGAACACGGUUUAAUGUGCUGUACUCUAUAGCAGCAGUGUUUUAGUCACAGAUGUAAACCACACAUCCACUUCUCAGAUACAGUACGCCAUGCGCUCCGAUCAAACUCUGUCAGUGGGACAUAUUUUCAGGUUUUUAUUUGUACAAUAUGUGUGUUGCUUUGUUGUGGUUUAUUUUUGUAUGUCCGACCUAUUAAAUGCAUCCACUGUGCCAGGACAGUGAAUGAUACCUGUUGUAGCUGUCUUCCCUUACUGUUAUUUACAGUACUAGUAAGUAUUUACAAUCCUUUUUGACCUGAAUCUAUAUUUUUCUGUAUUUAGACGAUUCUGUUUGAGGUCAUGGCUCACUUUUUUAAGACAUGGAGAAAUGGCAAAUUCCCGAGGAGAACAAGCAUAUUGUUGUUGAAUGAUAUGAUUGUCAGCCUUGUUUACUUUUGCAAUACAGUUACUGUGGAAAACCUACUUUGUAAUGUGUUCCUCUCCCACUUGCAAUGUGACGGCUUCUUGUGGUGACGACUAAACAUGUUUUUUCCUGCUUCCACAUUGUCAUGCUUUGUAGUUGCAUCAAAUGCAGCAUCACACUGAUCACAAACAAA